AUGGAAGCCAGUUGUUCGCCCUGCGAGGAAACCGCUAUGGAUACGGGGGCAGCCCCUCCAAGGGCAAAGUCCAAGACCGCCUUGAAUCGAAGGCCCUCUGGCUACUGGAAGGUUUUCAGUAAUUGGUGGCGUGGGAGAUACGCAGCGCUGAAGACCAGGCCGACCGUCAAUGAGGUCAUCGAAUGGUAUCACCGCAAUGCUGCCACUUCCUGGCCUGCUGGCCAAGUUCCCUGUCUCAAGGCCGUACUGAGGCAGAGCAAAGGGUUGCGGCCCAUCGACGGCCUCAAGGAGUACUUCCGCGAGUACCGCAAGAAACGGAAACAGCAGGCAACCCACAAGGAUAGCUCUGACGAGGACGACAUUGACGAGCUUGAGCAAGAGGGCAGUGUAUGCUCCGAACAGUCCAGCGAGGAAGAUGACGACGACGAGUUCGAGAAUACGCCGCCACGUCGCCAGCGCAGCACAUGCGCCGCGCGGCGCGCUGCUGCAGCCAUUGCUGCCGAAGAGGACGCGACUCAAGCCGCUGCUGACAAUGGCGAGGCCGCGUGCCCUGCCGGUGGCUUGGGCGCUGUGCAAGCCGUGUUUGACGCCUGGCAUCAAGUUGCACCAGGCGCCGCUGCCGCCGGUCUGGCCCUAGAGGACUGCUCAGCUGCGCCAGCUCUGGCGGAUCCCGUGUUGCUACCUCCGGAGCUGGCCUGCGUCACCGACGACGCCGACGGCUCCUUCCUUGCACUGGCGCACCCACUGGCAACCGCGGCAUCGUCCCCUGGCGACCCUGUCCACCCCGCUGUGGCGGAUGGCAUGGUGCCCAUUGCACCCAGCGGCUCCCCACGACCUCCGCACGCGCCCAUGUAUGGAGCUUGUUCUCCUCAUGCACCGUAUGCUUCCUACGUCCAGGCCGUAACAGUCCGCCGCCGGCCGUCACUGCUCGCUACGACAGCUCGGAGCCGCUGCAGGACUCCGGUUGGCCUCCCGCCGCUGGCCUCUGCCCGGGCGGCAACUGCUGCCAUGCCGUCGCCCGACACGAUUAAGUCUGAGGCUGGCGCCAACAAACACGAUUCAUUCUCAUCACACGAGGAUGACUACGCCCGUGACCGCUGCAGCACGGGCGGCGGCAUGCCCGCCCCCUGUGAUGCCCGCUUCCCUCGCACAUACACGCACGAGCGCGUCUUCGAUGGCUACAAUUACGAGUACGGUGCCCCCUACGACACGCCGCCGCCAUAUGCCUGCGCGCCUCCUCAUCCCUGCUGCUACCGCGCGACGCCGUAUCCCGUGCCGCCAUACCCCUACCGCGCAAUGCCUUCAGCGUCGUACCCGCCACCAGAUUGCAGCAUGGGAGGUGGCGCGACGAGUAGUUUCUCCCCCGCAGCGCCCUGGCCGUCGAUGCCCACAGCAAAGGAUGCCAGCGGGGUGUUCCCACAGCGCCAGAGCAGCGUGGAGUCCCCGGCCCAGCUUGACUCCUGCUAUGUGCACCCAGCCCCUCAUCAUCACCUCCACCAUCAUCCCCAUCCAGCCGCCUGGGCUCCUUGGGGACCUGCUGACGCUGCCGCCAGCGCCUGGCAAGGCAACCCGCUGCCACCCUUUAGCCAUGACCCGGCGGGAUGGGGCCGCAAUAACAUUGGGCGCAAUGCUCUCCCGCCAAUGAUGCCCUGCAAUUUCGGCCGCGGUGGUGCCAUAGCGCUUGCCUGCCACUGCGGCGCCUGCCCCGAGUCGGCGGCCUUCCGUGGCGCCGCCAGUCCAUGCCACCAGCAUCCACAAGGCAUGCAUCCACCGCCACCGCACAUGUGCUACUCGUUCGGACCUCGCCAUGGCAUGCCUGUCUACCCCGGUCGCCUUGACAUGUGGGUGGCGCCACAGCCGAGCCCGCGUGAUCAGGUAGAGGCACCCAUCGUUGAGGGCGAAGCCUGCAGCAGUAGUGUGUCGGAGCACGAUGGCCAGGAGCAUGGCCGCUUGUCCCCGUGCAGCGGCACCUCGGCCUCGCAGCAGCCUGGCAAGCCGUCAUGCGUUUCCCCCUCAGCUGCGACAAGUGGCAUGCACUGGGCCCGCGGCUGUGGCCCGAUGCAGCCGUUCCAUGUAGUGCCGCACGGUGGUCACCAUGUAGGUCCUCACGGAUGCUGUUACCCCCUGGCCACACCGUAUCAAUAUGCGCGGGGGCUUGUGACUGCUGGCAGCGUUACGAGCAUGGCGAGUUUGGCGCAAGUUCCAGAGGAGUCGCCGUUCAUGGCAGGCGCCAGCAACGCCUUUGACGCCGACGCUGUGCGGCGCGGUGAAGCCCCAAUGGAGGCGCCGGCAGCGCCUGCCGAGACCACCACGGCCUGCGACGCCUGCGACGUGUUGCCGUACCUGGCGGACGACCCGGCUGCACCGGAUGGCACGCCCGAGGCCCGUGGCAAGGAGGUUGGUUCGCCGGAGGCCGACGCAGAGGGAUCGUCAAUGCAGCGCGAUGAGCCGCAGGGCCCACCACUCGAUUCAGCCGAGUGCGGCCUUGGCCUUGGCGAUGGGUUUGGAGGUGUGGCGCGGGACACGAUGGACCAGGACUUGGCCUUCGCCUUCGAGAACUUCGUUGCGUGUGACACGCCCUUCGAUGCCCUGGCCUGUCAUUAAUGGAUCGUGACUUAAAUUGCAUAAGGCCAUGAAGAGGGAAUAGUUAAUGAUGGAAAAGCUGAAUAUAAGGAUGAUGGCUUACGAUACUAACGUGGAGUGUAGUUCAAUUCGGUGCAGACGAGAUAUUAGACCGACAGGCAUGAGGUUGAUGGGGCAGCGCGACUGUGUAGUAAUGCAUGGCCACAGAGUGCUGCUUUCUCUUCCCUGACGGCCUGGGCAUGACUGCGGUUUCUAUUGCAGUUGUUCAUUAGCUGGAGAUGACUGGCGCC